AUGUCUGAUUAUAUGAAUAACAGUAGUACUCGAGAACGUACUAGUACAGCAAAAGAAGCAGAUCGACAAGCUGCCGAAUCAUCGACAUAUGUGCCAAAGGUUACAAUUGACAAACCGAGUCGAAUUGUACCAUCAGAAAUGAAUAAUAAAAACCAGAAUAUCAAUAAUACUGAUCAUCCAGUUAAAGUUCCUAUAUUUUAUUCUACAAUAUCUGUAGUAUCUGCAUUUAUCACCUUAACAGUAAUCUUUUGCUACUAUUGUGUUAGUCAUGGGCCCGUAUCAUCAAUAAUCAAAGGUCUCUUCCUAUUAUUAUCAACCGGCUUUUGGUCGUUUUUUAUGAUAGCUUUUGUACCACCUGUACCUCAAUCUCAAUCCUAUCAUAGUUUUGCUGAUCGACGUUCAUUACGUCAAUUAAUUCCAUCAUUAUCAUUUAUAAAUAUCCCAAAUGCUCUAGAUGUUUUAUCAAACAUACCUUUUCUAUUUGUUGGUCUUUAUGGUCUUUAUUUAUUAUUAUCUCCCAAGACAAUCAUAUUUUUAACAUCAUUUGAAAAAGUUGGAUGGAUUAUAUUUUUCAUUAGCAUUGCAUGUGUCUGUAUUGGUUCGGCUUAUUAUCAUUUAAAACCAUCUAAUGGUACUCUCGUUUGGGAUCGUUUACCGAUGACAGUUGGAUUUUCAUCAUUAGUUGGUCUAUUAAUUGAUGAACGUAUUAAUCCAGUAUUAGGUAAAUCAUUAUUUCCAUUUCUAUUAGCUGCUGGUUUUGCUUCAUGUGCAUAUUGGUAUUAUCGCGAUGAUUUACGUCCAUAUAUUCUCGUUCAAUUCUUUCCUAUGAUUUAUAUACCAAUAUUACUUUUAAUUUCUUCAUCAGUAUAUAGUCAUACACUUUAUUAUAUAUAUGCAUGUAUUCUCUAUAGUUUGGCUAAAGUAUGUGAAGUAACUGAUAAACAAGUAUUUCGUUUAACAUCAAACACAAUCAGUGGACAUACACUUAAACAUAUACUUGCUGCAUUUGGUAUUGCAGUUAUUCUUUAUAUGUUAAAUGUUCGAGUAAUCUUGUAG